AUGGGGUCAUCAACAACCCGGUCCAUCGGGAUGUGGACCUGGGAAAUUGCUUCCCUCGUCGCGUCGAUAGCACAGUUUGUUGCCAUGAUUGCUAUCCUAAUUUCCUUUGACGGCAAGGAAAUAUUCGAUGGCCCGCUUGUCACACUCAAUACUGUCGUGUCGAUCCUGGCACUCGGGUCCAAGGCCUCGCUUUUGACAUUGGUCGCAAACUGUAUUAGCCAAGCCAACUGGUCCCUUUUCUCCGGACCGCCGCGUCGCCUGUAUGAUUUCGAAAUCGUGGCCGACGCAAGCCGUGGGCCUCUGGGCAGUUUGCGAUUGCUCAUUAGCAGAAGCUUCAAGGGAGGAGCUAUUGUGCGCGCAGGCGCAUCGAUUACCAUAUUGGCCAUAGGCCUGGGCCCGUUUGCCCAGCAACUCAUCCAGAUAGAGCAAAGACAGGCGGUGGAGAAUGGUGGAAGGUUUGCACGAGCUCAGUACUAUGAUUUGUCUUAUGCAAAGUCUACCGAACUCAAUCUCAUGGAGGAUGAAGCUGAGAGCUAUGUUGCCGUCACCACGACACCCGUCAACUUCGGAAUGCAGGCCGCUGUGAUGUAUGGCCUGACCGGUAAAACAAAACUCAUUUUGCAACAAUCCGACUACGACUGCCCCGGUAGCCACUGUGAGUUCCCCGAGGUUACUUCUCUAGCUGUAUGCAGCAAGUGUGUCAACCUCGAGUCCUCUCUGGAAAGGCGCGAGAAACAAAACAGCACUGUGUUUUCUGUCGCCCUACCAAACGGAGUUACAUGGCAAGAGGUUGGAACCGCGACUGAAUUUAAGCUUCCGAACGGGCUGUUUUUGGACAAUCUCCAUAAUCCGCAGAAACGACAAAGGGUUCUCAUGACAAUGCUUGGGACAUCAAACUCGAGCAAAACAGUUGGCAUGAAAGACAUCGACACUCUCAUCUGGUCGCAAAGCGUAAUCAAGAUGAACAACGAAACUGGAUAUCUUACCAAGAACGAGAGUUGGACAGAGCCAAAGGCUGAAGCAACGGAGUGUGCCCUCUACUACUGUGCAAAGGAUUACACUUUUGAAGCCCGUAACGGUACACUUAUGGCCACAUCUUCCGUGGUCAAUGAGGCAUAUAAACGGAACCCAAACUCAUGGAAGUUAGAUGAUGAAGCCAACAUGGUUGGAUCAGAAUUUGCUCCACCGCCUUUGCCAGCGGACCAGCAGGAGAGCUUGGCUUUCCAUAGAAAUUAUUCCUGGUACACUCGAUCUGAUCUACAACUCUCCAAGGAUUUUACGAAAGAUGAAGGUUGGAACAUUACCCAAACAGCCGUUGAGGUUGUCAACUAUAUCGCUCAAAGCGUUUUCUCAACUUGCAAACCAGACGAGAGGAAGAAUUGUUCGGCCGUAGCGGAGGAUCGAGGCGCGCCGACAGGUUAUCUCAGUGAUCAAUAUCGAACAACAAACCUGAGAUACGAUCCCGAAGUAGCGCAAAUUCUCUGGGACUCCGAUGAUAUCCCACAGACCUUUGAGAAUCUCGCUAUGAGCAUGAGCAACACUAUUCGCGCUGGAGAUAGCAUGCAGUCCACUGAUGAGGGCAAAGUUCUCCAUUAUGUCACUGUAUACAAGAUUCGGUGGGUUUGGGUUGUGCUUCAUGCUACUGUCGAGGUUUCUGCGGCUCUGUUCCUCAUUUUAACUCUGUUGUACAAGUUUCCAACUGGAGGGAAGAUUCCAGUGUGGAAGUCAAGCGAAAUGGCGGCGAUGUCAAAGGGAAGUCAAGUUUCGGAUGUUUUCAAAGGUGCACGCACCCUGGAGGAACUGAACAAGCUAGCAAAGGAAGCUUCUGUCAAAUUGGUCAUCAAAGACGGCGAGCCCACCGAAUUCGUAGGGGAGGAAUAUGUGCAAAUGGUUGGGAAGCAACAUAGCUCACAAGAAUACCUGGGACGUGGGAAUUGA